CUCCAACCCCAAGCACCUCAAGGUCCGUGAACCCGCUUCCUGUCUCCCAUCCCAUCCGCAAGGUCCUUGCACGCCGCCGCCGCCGCCUUCGUCCGCCCUCCCGCAACGGCCCUCGAAAAACCGGCUCGACACCUCCAGCUGCCGGAUGUCGCCCGCCGCCCUCGCGUCGUGAAUCUCCACCCCCUGUCCCCGAUCUCCGCGCCGCCGAGCCGUCAUGCAAACGCGCUCCUCGUCGCCUGCAUCUCCGCCCCGUCCCAGCUAAUGAGGCACCUCAUCCGCCGCCGCCGCCGCCGCCACCUCCUCCCCGACGACUCCCGUGCCUCACCGACCUCCGCCAGUCCACGCGCGACGAGCACCAAUGUCGUGGGACCUGCUGCAGCGCUUCCUCGACUCCGACGUCUUCAAUUCGAACCCCUUCCUCUCCGUGUCAUACCUCUCGCGCUACGCCGACCAUGUAGGAAUACACUAUGUGCUGUGCAACAAGCUGCGGCAGUUCCCCUACGAGGACAUUGAGUUCUUCCUGCCACAGCUAUGCCACCUCAUCAUCAGCGUCGACAAUGAGUCCAUGGCCCUCGAGGAGUUUCUGCUGGACCUCUGCGAGGAGUCGGUCACGGCUGCGCUCUUGGUAUGGCGAUAUCUCGCCCCGCGUCGCCCAUUGGCGCCAACAGGGACCGACUGACCUUUGCACAGACAUUCUGGCUCUUCCAGACUUACCUCCACGACCUUUCCUCGAACCCCCAAGCUGGCGCUUUCCAGACUUGUCGCCGAGUAUACAACAAAGUUCAGCAUAUUGUGUUUGGCUUGGCGGAUACUGCGCGUCACGGAAAAAUCACGGAGAAUGUCCUUCCGGUGACGGUUCUGUCCAGCUUCGUCCUCGCUAGUGUCGCGCUGCCAAUGAUACCGCAAUGGGCUGGUCCUCUGGCGGUCGCGCAGGCCCGAAAACCGCGGCCUCUCGGGCACGAGACGGCCACGGAAGCCAACGAUGCCCCGAAGCCCACGCGGGCCCAGACCGUGACGGCGGCCACGUCGAGGUCCAGGCGGGCCAAGGAAGUCCGCAAGUCCAGCGCACCGGACGUCAAGGGAAACGCGUCCGACACGCACCUGGCUGCGCCGCGCAGCUCGGCUCGCCACUCCACGUCGCCGGCGCCGAGGUCCAAGACGCCAACGACGGACUCAAAGAGGCCAUCCGCUCUGGAACUGAAGUCUCUCGAUGCUCGACUGAGCUCCGCGUCCCUUCCGCUACCGUCUCCGAGGCCCACGACGAGACCCACGACUCCCGUGUCGGCUGGCAUUUCCCAACGGCAACGCGAGGGUAGUCUCAACCGCCGCCACUCGCACCACCAUAAGGCAAUCAUCAGUGUGGACGACAUGCCCCGAAUACAGAAGACGAGGAUGCUGAGAUCACACUACUUCAGAUCUCAGACCCAGUUCCUCACGGCCUUGGAAGGCAUCUCGAACCGCCUUGUCAUUGUCCCCAAGGCUGCUCGGAUGAGUGCUCUGCGCGCUGAACUGGCGCUCAUCGCUCGCGACCUGCCCGCAGAAAUCGAUAUCCCUGUGAUAUGUCCGCCAACCCUGGUAAACGGGUCGCCUGGAAAGAGCCGCCACCACAGGAUCGUGCGGUUGAAUCCAGCGGAAGCAACCGUCCUCAACAGCGCUGAAAAGGUGCCGUAUCUCAUGAUGGUGGAGGUGCUGCGAGACGACUUUACUUUCGAUCCCGACACCCCUGACAACCAGCGGCUGCUCACCACGCUGGCAGGCGGCAACGGGACAUCUCGCCGUCUCUUCGACCUGUCAUCAGAAACACCAAGGCUGACACACGCAGUACGCACGCCGCCGCCCGAACCGGUCAUCGACAGCGUGUUUGAGCCCACGUCGGGCGACUUGGGCAGUUCCGCUCUUCUUACUGGUGAAGAAGAGUCCCCGACCAAGUAUCCUGCAAGGCACCACCAGCCACAGAGCGGCCAGCGACUGUCCAGUGGAGCUACUACCUCGUCGACAACGUUAGAUGCGGCUACCCCUAGAACGUCUGGAGCUUCGCGAUCCAGGUCAAGUAGCCCUGGUGGCCGUCGGAAGAUGACUUUGACGCUCCCUCGCAACGCAGCUGCCGAUCAGCCAGACUUUUCGGCAUUGGCCACGCACAUGAGGACCGCCUCCCAGAUGCUGGCACAGCUCGACGCCACUAGUGGCAAGCGACCGAAGCACGAGGUGGCUGCCAUCCGCGCCAAGAUUAUCGCCAGCAUGCAGAGCCUGGAGGAGCAGAGCUUCGAGGUGGACGAGCACGGCCCAACGUUUGACACGAUCAUCGCCAAGACCAACACGGGGGGCGUAACACCAACCGACAACCCGGACCUCGACGCGGAUGCUCCCAUCGACGCUGCGCUCAACGCCAGCGCGGGUCGGGAGAGAAUGGAGAACGAUAUCAAGACAGGUGGUGUGCAACGACGCGGCGACCGGGAUGACCCUAGCGCAGCCGUCUUUGGAGAGGCGUGGGAGGCCAAGAAGGAGCGCAUACGCAAGUCCUCACCGUACGGCUGGAUGAAGAACUGGGAUCUUGUCAGCGUGAUCGUCAAGACGGGCGCGGACUUGCGGCAAGAGGCCUUUGCCUGCCAGCUCAUUGACGUCUGUCACAAGAUCUGGGUCGACGCGGGCGUUAACGUAUGGGUCAAGCGGAUGCGCAUCCUGGUGACUGGUGAGUCGUCUGGCCUCAUCGAGACCAUUACCAACGGCGUCUCGCUCCAUUCGCUCAAGCGCAGCCUGACGCUGGCCUCGGUGGAGUCGGGUCAGAAUCCGCGGCAGCGCAUCGCCACGCUCAAGGAUCACUUCCUCAAGGCUUUUGGUCAGCCCGACAGCAAGCCGUAUCGUGCCGGUGUCGACGCGUUCAAGCGAUCGCUGGCUGCGUACAGCAUCAUCUCGUACAUUCUGCAGCUCAAGGACCGCCACAACGGCAACGUCUUGAUUGACAGCGAGGGCCACAUCAUUCACAUUGAUUUUGGCUUCAUGCUGUCCAACUCGCCUGGCUCGGUCGGGUUCGAAGCCGCGCCGUUCAAGCUCACGCACGAGUAUGUUGACGUCCUGGGUGGACUGGGGUCUCCGGACUACGACGACUACAAGAAAAUGUGCAAGCAGGCUUUUCAGGCCCUCCGGCGGUCCGCGGACAACAUCAUUGAUCUCGUCGCCAUGAUGGGCCGUGACUCCAAGAUGCCGUGCUUCGCGGUUGGCGUCUCCCACGCAACAAACACGCUGCGGCAGCGCUUCCAGCUGCACCUGAGCGCCGAUGAAGCUGAGCAGUUUGUGGAGACGGACCUGAUAGCCAAGUCAUUUGGCAGUUACUAUACACGGCUUUACGACACGUUCCAAUAUCGCACUCAGGGCAUAUACUAGUUAGACGUCGCACAAGUUGUCGGGCGACGACAGCAGCGCAGAGGAGCAGAUUAGCAUUUGAGCGGACGGGGCACGCGGGGCAUGGCAGCACUUACUGGGUAAUUAGUGACUACAUGAGGAACCCACGCAUCUGGAGGCAUAUGGGUGGCGUCUCAUCGGGGGGAAAAGCGGAUCAUGAGGAUAGAGUAAGAUGAUGACAGUCUGCCGGAGGCACGUCGGACUGUAGGAGCAGAUGUAUGACGAGCAUUGCCGCCCUCGCGCGAUUGGAAUACGAGCAGGGGUCUGCACGUGCAGAGCAGACAAAAGGGCUGGUUGGACACGCCGCUUCCAUGGUUGUUGUUCUCAUCAUGGGAGGAAGUUUGAAGUUG